GUCAAUAAAUAUCCCCUACAUCUAUAGGGAAUUUCUCAAAAUUGCUUGCAUUUCUUAACUAAGAGUAGGUAGCUAGUCAUGAUGAGUGAAAAUAUGAAGGUGGCCAAGCAAGAGCUAGUUGUUCAAGAAAAUGGCAAGAAAGAAGAAGAUGAGACAAUUGAAACUGAAAAAAGGAAGCUUGGAGGAAUGAAAACAAUGCCCUUUAUACUUGCAAAUGAAGUAUGUGACAGAUUUGUGGGUGCUGGAUUUCAUAGCAACUUGAUAACAUACCUAACACAAGUGCUAAAUGUGCCUUUAAUAAAAGCAUCUAAUACACUAGCCAACUUUAGUGGUGUUUCAAAUUUCACUCCACUUAUUGGUGCUCUUGUUGCUGAUUCAUUUGCUGGUCGAUUUUGGACUAUUAUUGUUGCUUCCAUUAUUUAUGAAAUGGGACUGAUCAGCAUAACUAUCUCAGCAAUCAUGCCACAACUCCGUCCUCCACCAUGUCCAACUCAGGAGAAUUGCAAAGAAGCUUCGAAUUCGCAGCUUUGGGCACUCUACAUUUGCCUACUUUUGACAUCUAUUGGUACAGGAGGCCUUAGACCUUGUGUAGUUACCUUUGCUGCUGAUCAAUUGGACAUGAGGAAAUCUAAAGUAGAAUCGCGAAAGUGGAACUUUUAUAAUUUGUUCUAUUUCUGUGUCACAAUGGCUACGUUAACUGCAUUAACUGUUGUCGUUUAUAUACAAGAUAACGUAAAUUGGGGAUGGGGUCUUGGACUUCUAACAAUUGCUAUGGCAUUGUCUGUUGUCGUGUUUGUUGUUGGAUCUCCAUUUUACAGAAAAGUAGAACCAGGAGGAAGUCCAUUAAUCAGAUUGACACAGGUUAUUGUUGCCUCAGUGAGGAAGAGAAAAGUCGUUGUUCCAGACGAUGAUCGUCUCUUAUACGAGAACAGAGAGCUUGAUUCUGCUAUCUCACAUGAUGGAAGGCUUUUGCAUACUAAUCAGUUCAAGUGGAUUGAUCGAGCUGCUGUAGUAACCGGCGAUGACAUGAAAGAGUCGUGCCAGCCAAAUUUAUGGAGGCUAGCUACCGUUCAUAGAAUGGAAGAGCUGAAAUGCAUCUUAAGGAUGCUGCCAAUUUGGGCUGCAGGGAUAUUACAUUUUGCUUCACAUUCACAUGUAGGCAGCUUUACAAUCCAACAAGCGCGAAGUAUGGAUCGUCAUUUGUCCCACAGCUUCCAAAUACCUCCAGCCAGCAUGUCUAUUUUUAGCGUCCUAACGGUGCUUAUUGGCCUUGUGCUUUAUGAGCGCUUCUUUGUUCCUUUUGCUCGUCGAUUCACAGGACACAAAUCAGGCGUUACAUGCUUACAGAGAAUGGGAAUAGGAUUCGCCAUUAAUAUUCUUGCUACUGCAACUUCAGCACUAGCUGAGAUUAAGCGUAAAAAAGCAGCUGCAGAUCAUAACUUACUUGAUCAGCCAACGACUCAUGUCAUUCCUAUUAGCGUGUUCUGGUUGGUUCCGCAGUAUUGCCUUCACGGAGUAGCUGAAGUCUUCAUGAGUGUUGGACACCUUGAAUUUCUCAUUGAACAAUUCCCUGAAAGCAUGAGAAGCACUGGAGCUGCACUUAACUCGUUAGCUUCGUCGUUUGGAAAUUACUUAGGUACAUUUAUAGUAACUCUAGUUCAUCAAUAUACCGGAAAAGAAACGAAUUGGCUACCAGAUAGGAAUCUCAACAGAGGAAGACUUGAAAACUUUUACUGGCUUAUGGCUGGAGUACAAGUAGUAAAUUUUGUAUACUAUCUUAUAUGUGCAUCAUUAUAUAUAUACAAACCCUUGGAACAGAUUACUGAAGGAUGCAAGGGAACAGAUGUGGAAUUAGCUGAUGAAACAACUUUGUUAGACAAUUCUAAAGGUGAUGGACAAACAGAUAGAGCAAGAAAUGGAAUGAACUAAUAUAUUGCUUAGUUAAACUAGUAGACAUUUUAGUUUUCAAGUUUUAGUUGUCACAAGUUGAUACUAUUAAAUGUACCAAAAAAUAAAGGUUGAAA